AUGGAUUCUUACGACUAUGAUGAAAUUGAUUUUUGUUUUGAUAAGCAUAACAACAUUUGCAUUACAAAAGAAAAAAAUAAGUGUAUUUAGGUAAAAUAUGAUAAUAAGUAUGUUGCAAUAGAAAAAUUGAGCAAUUAAUGUAUUAGUUUAGGUGAAAAAUUAUCUGACCUUCAUGCUCCUCUAGAAUUGUCUUUUAUCAAAGAAGGUUAUUGCUAAAACUAAAAUUUUUAAAUAGAGGAAGGAAUUCCUAACAAGUUUUCUCUUAAUUACUUCUUAUGUGUUAAUUAAGAAAAAAUAUAGAUAAAGUCACACCAGAAUAUGCUUGAAUGCAAAGAGAUAUCAACUAAUUAAUUAAAGAUGCUCUCAAUAGUAGCAGGAAGAACAAUAGAUGGAUUUUGUGUUGAUGAAAACCAGUUUUUUUAAUAAUAAAUUUAUUGCAACAACUAAUUUUGUCAUUAUAAAAACUCAGAUAAUUUGAAUACAUGCAUACUUUAUAAUUCUGACAAGAUAAUAGGGAAAACAUAUUUAAAUCAGUGUAUUUUUGAUGAAGAACCUCUCAAUAUCAUUUAAAUUUACUGCAAACCCACAUACUGUAGAUUGAUUAGAAAAACUAAAUCAUAAUGUAUCAAAUUAAAUAAUUCUAAUAUUCAGGGAGUUGAUUCAAAUGGUGAUUGUAUUUUGUUAAAAAAUAAUUUUAGAUAAUUAGACCUCUGUAGUUAUCCUUAAUGCAUUGAUGUGAAUACAUUUUCUUGUGUAGAUUUAGGUACUUCAAAUAAUAGCCUAGCUCUCUUGUAAAAUAAUUAUUGUGGGGGAUUAAACUAAGCCUCCGCUAUUGCUUGUUAUUACACCUACCCAGCUUGCUUAUCUUCGAAUUAAUUAUGUUUACAAGUAACUAUAUCUAAUCAAUAAUCUGUGGGUUAAAGGAUUGGAGGAUAAUGUGCGAGUUUAUAUAAUUACUAUUCAGAUUUAUAUUAUUGCAGCUAAAGUCUCUGUAUUUCAUUGUAUUCAAAUCCUUCGUAGAAAACUUGCUUAACUGUUUCCAGUAUAAAUCUAUCAUCAAACCAAUAAAUUUAUUGUAGUGACCCAUCUUCUAAAUAAUAAUACUGUAAAGAUCCAUCAGGAUAAAUUUGCUUUGAUACUGCUUCUUAAAAUUGUUAUCAAACAUACUUAUAUGGAGGUUAUGGAAUAGGAUGUUAAUAAAAUGGUAUUUGUUAAAUCUAAUCAAACUCCAAGUACAUAGGAAAAUCUGUGUCAAACAAUCAAUGUUUUGAGAAUUAUUAAUAAUCAACAGAUGCUUUAAAUUGCAUAUACGACCCUUAAAAUAUAUGUCUUGUGAUUUCGCCAGCUUAUUUUUGUGUAGUUUAUCCCCUAGACAGUUAAUUUUUAGGAUAUAUUGUAGAAAAUGGUUAAUGCGCAUAAUUGAACUAAGUGACUUACAAUGUAGGAUCUGCUGCAAAUAUAGUAAAUUUAAGAAAGAAUUAUUGUUAAGAUUCAAAUGGUUUUAUAAGAUAACUGGACAAUACAACUAAUGUUGGAGUAGAUUCUUUCAAAUACUUAUGUUUAAAUUUAAAUCAAACUCCCUAGAAUUAAAUAAUUUAAUGCUAUACAGGACUUUGCAUAGAUUAAAUUUAAAACACAUGUAUUUAUUUUAAUUAAAAUUUUGUGGGAAGAAAUGCUCAAAAUUAAUGUUUACAAGCUGGCUAAGCUGUUAGCAUAGAAUGUAGCUCUGAUAAAAAUGUAUGUUUUGAUCCAGUUGCACAAACUUGUAACUAUAUUAAUGAUACACAACCUAGUAGAUCAGGUAGAGUAAACAAUUCUUAAUGUGCAUAUAAUUCCUCAUACUAUCCCAAAAUUAUAAGUUGCUCAAUCAAUUUUUGUAUCUAAAAAUAAAAUCCUUCUGAUCCAAAUUCAUAUGAAGGCUGUUUUCCAUUAGACUCCAGUUAGAAUAGGAUUGGAGUUGAUGUAAAUGGAUAUUGCAAACAGAUUGAUGAACCAAAUAGUGUUAGAUGUAUAAAGGGUUAAUUUUGCUUAGACAUUUAAAAUGGAAAUGCUUGUUCAGCUUUAGUUCUAUCAAAAUCAAUAAAUAAAUAUGCCAGAUAAAUAAAUACAGGUUAUUGCUUACCUUAUUAUGAUCCUAAUGGAAAUGGAGAUUAAAUCGAAACAUGUGUUUUGGGGACAUGCUUAUUUACUGAUCCUAACUUUAGUUAAGAUUAUUGCGUUAAUGAAGGAACGGUUGCUAAAGGCUUUUUUAUUGUUGGAAUAGAUAUAAAUUAAUAAUGUGUUUUUCAGGAUUAAAUAACUUCUACUUAAAUAGUUUCAUGCUUUGGGAUGACAUUUUGUAUUCUCUAAAUAUCCACAGGAUUUUAAAAAUGUCAAAUAGUUUAGGAUUUUGAUCCUAACUUUCCUAAUUUAAUUUACAGAGCAAAGAAUUCUAAUUAAAUGUGCUAAGAUUUGAAUAUGCCAAAUAGCAUAGGAUGCAUGGAUGGAAUGUACUGCAUUAAUUCUAGUGAUGCAAAUAAAUGCUAAGAAAUGAAUGAUGCAACACAGAUAAACAAAAUUGGUAGAGAUUAAAAUACUUAAUAGUGCAUGCCUUAAAAUGUCUCUAUUGCUAGUGUAUGUCAAAUGGAAUUCUGUAUAUUUUAAGGAGCCUGUAUCCCAUUAUCUGAUCUCUAUCCAGGAAAAGAAAAAAACACUCAUUCAUGUCUUUAAUAAGGUGAGUCUCGCAAAUACGGAGCUUCUAAUUGUUAUAAAAAUGGUUAUUGUAUUUUAGUAGAUUCAAAUGGUUUAGGUACAUGUAACAAGCUCGAUUUUACCAAUCCUCUAACAAUAGGAAUACAGAAGGAUACUUUAAAAUGUAUUAAAUAAAAUGAAACAAUAGCUGUUUAGUGUGCAACAUAAAGAUUUUGCUUAAAUUUAUAAACCUAAGCUUGUUAAAGAAUAGAUAUAACUUAAAAUAUGUGUGUAGAUUAAAAUGGAAUAUGUACAUUUAAUGGCUCAUGUUAUAGUUGUGAUCAUGAUUAAUGCUUAUCUACUACUUAAUCUAAUGUUUGUUAAGAUCUCAUUUAGCCUACAGCUAUUUUUUGUACAGACAAAAAUGGUUUUUGUACAAACUUAGAUAUUUAAAAUUGUAUUAUUUGCCCUGAUAAUUACUGCGAUAUUAAUGGUGAUGGUAAUUGUUUAACUGGUACUUACUUAUUGAGUCUUUUAGUUGGAAAUUCUUGCUUUACAUAAUCUCAAAACUAAAAUAAUAAGUGCAUUUAAUAAAAUAUUGAUAACCCAGACAAAAAUGGAGAUAUUUUUUGCACAAAUUCAAAUGGUUUUUGCUAGAAAAUUGCUUAAAAAAAUUAAUAAUGUCUAAUGUGUCCUAAGCACUAUACUAAUCCUGGAAAUGAUAGGUGCUAUAGUCUAAAAGAAAUAUCAAUUAUAAAUAAUAAUUCCUAGUAGAUUUUUUUUGAAAUGCAUCUUACCUAUGUAAAAUAAGAUUGCUAUGAUCAAUAGUUUUGCCUUAAAGAUUCAAAUUAGAAGUGUCCAAUAGGAUGCUACUCAUGUUCUUCUCCUGAAUUUUGUAACUAAUGUUAAUAAGGCUAUUUUUUAUAUCAAAUAUCUUCUACUUAGCAAACUUGUAUUAAAUGCAACUCAUACACUUACUUAUAUACUCAAGUUUAGCAAUUUUACUAGAAUAUUCCAACAUACAAAUGUAUAGAUUGCUUAUCAGAAUAUGGAUUAUGGAAUAAAUCUGAAAGUAACUUUAAGACAUGUACAAAUUAUUUAGUUUAAUAUGACUCUGGUUUUUAAGUAUUAGAGAAUACGCUAUAUGCCACAAACUUUUAAGUUCAGCUCAUAUCUGGCAAGUAUAAAUUAGUUCCCUAUUUGUCAUCUUUGUGCCCUUCUUAAUGUUAAUCAUGUAUUUAGAAAUCUGCAAGCAUAGCAAUAUGCACAUAAUGUAAUAUUGGAUAUGUUUUAAGAGAUGGAUCAUGCUUUUAGUGUCCAUUAAAUUGUUAAUACUGCCAAUAUGCUACAUUCAUGUCUGGUUAUGCAUAGUUGAUUUCAGAGAUAAACUAUGAUCCUACUUAAUUGGACUAUUAUAAUUUCAUUCUUAUUUGUCAAUAAUGUUAAUAAACAUACAUGGUUUCAUAUGAUUUAUAAUCAUGUUUGUAGUGUGGUAAUAAUUGUCAGAGAUGCUAAUACGAAAAUUAAGAAAAAGUUCUAAAUUUUAAUCAAAAAAAAUUAAGAAUAAUAAGUUAAACUGAAUUUAACUAAAUGAACUAUAUUUAAAAAUGUACAUAAUGCAAUUAAGGAUACUUUUUAUCAUACGAUGGUAAAUAAUGCUUUCAAAACAUAUAAAAUUGUGAUUAUACAAGUUAAUUAGUAACAUAUGGAUCUUAAAAGUAUGACUUAACUGAAUAUUUAUGGACUUAUAAUUCUGCAACACAUAUUAGUUAGAGUUAAUUUAUUUGCAAAUAAUGUAGUUUAAAUUAUUUUGCAACUAUUGAUUAGUCAAAGUGUAGCUUUGGAUGUUAAUAAAUAACUUAGUAAAAUAAAUGCAGUUAUUGCUCUACUAACAUUUAAAACUUUCCUGAAUGCCAAUUUUGUAGUAAUGGAUAUGUUCUUAAUUUAGCUACACUUCCUAAAAAAUGUUAAUAUAGUAUGUGCUCAGAGAAUAUUAAUAGUUGCUCAGAAUGCUACUAAUAUUUAGAUCCUUUAUCAAAUUAAAGUAUAUAUCAAUGCACCAGGUGUCAAGAUAAACUUAGUAUUCCAUCGAUAAAUGGCUGUAUAAGUUGUCCCUAAGGAUGUUCUAAAUGUUAUGAAGGUACUCGAACAUUUAAUUUUACAUCUUAGCUUAUUUACAAAAGAAAUAAUUUGAAUAUCUAGCAAAGAUUAAACUAUAACACAUCACAAACAAACUAUUAAUUGAUUUGCACAGAAUGUUAAGAUGGAUAUUAAUUUGACUAAGAGAUAAAAUUGUGUGUAAAAUUAUAAUGUGGAUAAUAUUGCUUGCAGUGUAUCUUAAUAAAUAAUAAGCCUUAAUGUAUUCAAUGCAACUAUGAUUUAUUAUCCUCGUUAAUUUCCUAUUAAUCAUAUUUUAUUGGAAUGCUUUAUUAUAAUCUUAAUAAUUUACCUGACAUUAAAAAUUUGGUUUCUUUAACAUCUGCAGGUAAUGAUUGCCAACUUUGCCCAUUGAUGUGUGAAACUUGUGUUAAUACCAAAGACAUAAGUGUAAAUCCUCUAUAUUUAUACGAUGCCUAAUGCUUAUCUUGUAAACACUCAUUACCUACAAGCUCCACUCAAGAAUAAUACAAAAUAACUUAUGACAAAGAAAGAAGAAAGUGUUACCUGUGUUAAAAUACAGAGUAAGGUUGCUUUUUUAAAAAAUAGUAAACUGUUUAUAUCUAAUGUUUAGAUAUAAAUAGUCGUAAAGGUGAUGGAUCAUUUUAGAAUCCUCUUAACUACAAUAGAUUAAAUGAAAUAGGAAUAGAUUAGUUAAUUUUAAAUGAAAUUGACUAUGAUCAAGCAAUAAUUUAUUACAAUGAACUUUAAGUAAAGUAAUUAGAGGUAUAGUUAAUAUUCUUAGAUGAUAUUUGUUUAGAACAAAGUACACAAUCAUUCAUAACUACUUUAAAAGACAAAAUAAGAUCACUUGAAUUAGCUAUACUUAAUAUUACAUCGAUUGGUACUAAACCAAACAAUAUGAUGGUAUUUUAAUAAAAUAAUACUUUCAACAUAACAGGUUUCAAUUAAGUCUCUGUAACUUAUUACUUCCUAAAGCUCGAAAACCAUUCAGUAAUAUUUUGCACUUCAACUUUCAACUCUACAGUAGACAAACAUAGUCUUAUAGCAAGUCUAGUUUCUAAAUAUAUAAAUUAUAAGCUAGAGAUAGCUAAUUGA